AUGGUGGCAGCUGUAGGGGCACAGCAGUCGAAUUUAGUUGCUGAGCACAGUCAAGAAUUUCUAAAUCAUUUAGAUCCUAACGAUCAUGUUAAUAUUCUACACAACAUUUUGAGUGAAUAUUCGUAUACACGAGAUAACUGGACGAAGCCGGAGUUUGAGCAGUACGAUCAGCAAGUGGUUUCCUUCCUGCAAAAGUAUGCCGAUAGUACACAGACCAACGAGAUACAACACCAUGACACAACGGGAUCAGGAAUUAGUGUCAGAAUACUUACGAAUUAUUGUGGCCCAGGAAAUUGGUCUCCCGAUGGUGAAGUUACACAAAAUUCGUACUUUACCAAAAUCGAUCGAUGCUGUAAAGCCCACGACGAGUGUCCAUCUGCCAUAGUACAACAGGAGGACUAUGAGGACUUUCCGGGCCUUCCGUACAAACCGCAAUUUUUCAGCAGAUUGCGUUGCAGUUGUGACGUUCAAUUUUUCUCUUGCUUGCGUAAUGUGGCCACGUUUUUCUCCUACGCGGUGGCUUGGAUUUAUAGUAAGGUACAGAACUACUGCUUUGAGUACGAAUAUCCGAUUGUGGAUUGCAAACAGUCGAUAGUGGACGGUUGGUUUUCAUUUCCUCGAUGUGCAGAUUAUUUGGUGAAUAACACGGCCCCAAAAAGCUGGCAAUGGUUUAACAUUCCGUUCUUAAGUGCAAAACAGAUUUGCUUUCCAAACAUUACAAAUUUAUAUGGAGAACUACGGAAAAGAAACUGA